UUCUUACUCUUGAACACGAUCGACAUGUCGUAUUCGACUUCACCUGCGGCUCCUGGCCCCUCACACACCUCAGAUUCCUCGAUGGGAGGCGCACACGCAGACGAACUUACACCAGAGGUUUCAAUGACUCAUCCGACAUACCAAAUCAAUGCACCGACGAACAUGCAAACCAGUCUAACGUCGGGGGCGGACCAGGCCGGUCAAAACCAAUACGGAUAUUACUAUGCGCCAGGACAAACAUCUUCUCAUAACGCGCCGUACGCGUACUAUCAUAUGCCAUCGACUGCUUGGGGAAAUGCAUGGUCUGCACCGUACGGAACAGCGAAUGCUUAUUAUCCAUUCACUCAGCCUCAAGCCCCCCUUCAUCCCGACAUUGCGCAACGUUCGCAUGUCCCACCUGUUGAGGCCCUAAGCAAGAAUGAGAAGCGCGAGCUAGCAUCACCUUCGCCUUCGCCACCACCGUAUGUGCACAAACAUUGGGAUGGCAUCCUCCGCGCCUUUCUAGCCGCUGCUGGUCUCACCCAAGCAUUGCGAGGGUUCGAUGCAGACAUAGUUGUCAUGAAUCCAGAUUGGGAACAGAAGAAGAUCCCAGCGGCGCUCGACACCCUAGUGCAGAGCGUCCUAGCGUUGAAAGACCGGAGCGCAAACACUACGGCUGAAGAAAUUACUGAAGGACUUGCCGAGGAAACGUCAUUACAAGACAGGAAGCUCCAGUAUUUGCAUAUCGCGCAUGGCACUGAGCCCAAGUCACAGACCUCAGUAACAAGGGAAAUAUCCAAAUUCCUGGCGCGCAAUCGUGCUCGCAAUGACGCUUCCAAUCGCCAGGAGUUCCUUCAGUCACUCGCCGAGAAACGUCAUGGCCUUCAAGCCGACACCGACACCGAUUCUGUACCAGUUCCUUCAUGUGCCCGUACCGACGCCAAAACGCAGGACAGAGACGUCCAAAUGAAAUACGACAUAGCCAAGAACGAAGAUGGGCCGUUGCGGAAGACCCUGAAGAAUCGGGAUGACAUACCUAGCACAAAGCUAGAUGAACGGACUUCGGAGAAUGGUUUUAUCAGUGCGGCUCGGUUUCCCGCCCUGGAAGAACGCCUGCGCAAUGUAGAAUCACAUCUUGCAGUCCGCUAUGUACCGUCUCCCCCGAAGUCUUUGUUGGAUCGUCUCAAAUUUAUUGAGGAUCACAUCGUGCAGCUGGAGAAAGAGUACCCGCCUUGGGCUGCUCUGCACUUCAAUCAACCUCGUCGUGGUUGGCCUCCUCCCCCUCGGCCCACCCCGAUCAUCGUUCCUUCACACCUCACGGUCAUUACAGGGGAGCCUCAGCCGGCUCCGGCAGGCGCUUCGGCGAGUGAGAUUUCCGAAUCAGCAUCUUCCAAGGGCAAGGGGAAGUCUAGUCGGACUAAGUCGAGCCUACAUCGCGCUGUGAUGGAGAAGCUCGAAGUUCAGAAAGCUAUGCACGACCUUGCCGGGCCCGCUGACGAAGGCUGAAGGAGCCGGAUGUCAUCCCGAUCUGGUACGUUUCCCGUGUCUUGGGCUUGGCUUGGGCUCAAGUAUUCAUGUGGCAGUGGAAACUGAACGAUACUUUGGCUCAACUUUGGCUUAUGUUGAUGUACAGCGAUGAGGCAAUCCUUUCGCCACAAUGGAGUUUUUACAGUAUUAUACC